AUGAAAAUCCUUUUGAUACUUCUAUUGAUUCUGAACUCCUUCUCAGUUAUUUUAACAACAAGCGAUGAUAGUUCUGGCUGUGAGUAUUGGCUCGAAAAAUGUAGCGAUUGGCCACCUUACCCGGCCGCGACUUGUAAAUCAAGAAAUAAGAAACGCUUGGAGGAGUAUCAGAAAUGUUUGAAGGACCAAGGAUUUGCUUGAUUUUUUUCCAAAUCAGUAAAAUUUUAAAUAAAUUGUUCUAUCAACUUUCUUCCUGUAGAGAUUUUGAAAAGUAAAAUUGAAUCACACGGAAUAACAACGAAAAACACGUAGACGCGACGCGUGACCGCAGCGCGUUCAACGACUCGUGUAAAGUCAAAACUACGGAAUUAUUCAGUUUGUUGUUUGAUUAACAUCAACCCUAGGCAGCUGAUUUUUUCCAAUUAUGUGUUUUUGUCAGAAAUCAGUGCCUUUUCGAAAAAAAAACAAUGGUGGAAGUAGAUUUGUAUGCUCCAGAAAAUUUGUUUCUUCUAUUCUCUCUAUAUUAUUACAUAUUCAUCCUAGUUAUUUUCUACCUUUCAAGUACUUUUAUAAUCUUCCCACUAUUCAUCCAUAUAACCCGAAUAAAUCGUGAAAAAGAUCGAGAAUGUGCUAUUUUCCACAUCACAAAUCAUCUAUACCAAAUCACAGUAUUCUCACAAUUUCUGAUUCUAACAACUGGAUUAGCACUCGUAUUUUUGGUUUUGGUUUACUCCCCGAUAAAUGUGAAUCAAACUGUGGAAUAUAUAGCUUACUUAUUCUUAUUGAUAACUGUGAUUAUAGUUUUUGUCUGUAAUCAAGUAAUAGUUCCGAUUCAAAAUCUCCUAAUAUUUCUUUUGGCUCUUCAAAGAUUUCUCCUUUAUUUCUGCCCAAAUUCUGAAAAAUACAUAGUUCCCAGUGGAAAAUCUUUCAAAGUUAUCAUAAGUUCUUUAUAUUUCGUAUCGAUUUUGGGAAAUGUGCUAUAUUCCGGAUAUUUGGUGAAAUGUUAUUGGAUGAACUUUUUUGCAGAGGAUAAGACUUGUAGCUCAUUCUGGUCAAUUUUACAUGCAGUGAGUUUAGGGGUCUACCACUUUUGUGAAUUCGAAAAAUUUCUGUGAAAAUAAGUUGUCUUCAAUGCAGGCAAUUUGUAUAUUCUUGGAUUUCCUGGUAAUUUUCUCCUCAAUUUUUUAUAUCUGCAUUCUUAUAAGUGUUCGGAAAAUCACGAAACUUUCCUCUACAAUCAUGAAAAAACGCCCAGAAAAAGUUAUCGAAGCUCAAACUUUUGUUCUGCUAAUCGUAAAACUGUUAUGCUUCCCAUUGCUCAUCUUUGCUUCUAUGCUUCUCAUUGAAAGGGACAUAACUCUAGAUGCAGUGAUAAAUGUGGUACGUUGCGUGUGCGUCGCGGUCACCUAUGUAAAUAUUUUCUAAUCAGAUCUACUACCCAUUAUUCAUCAUUGAUGUUCUAACAACUCCCAUCGUAUUUCAAAUCACAUAUAUUUUUUGCAACAAAACAAAUCUGGAAAUUUUGCUGAAAAUGAAUUUCAGAAAAGUGAGAACUUGGAUGAGUUUAUGUUGUGGAGUUAGAUCAAAUCGUGUUGAGCAAACUGAAUUGUAUAAUAUGAGCACAAUGUCAGGGAGCACGGUGAACACAUGA